UAUUGAAAGUAAAUUGGAAAAUAAUCGCUUCGGACAAUUUACAGUUGACACUUUCAGCGACAAUUUUCUAGUUCGUUUAAUUUUAUUAAAAGAAUUGUGUUUUAAUAAUAUAAAAUACGAGGCCAAGUAUUGCUAAGCGUCACUUUUCCAAAAAAUCUCUUUUGCACAAGGUUAUUCUUUGAAGAGAGGCUUCAGCAAUAUGGACGGUGAAGGCGGAGAAGCCGCAGAAUUUUCUGUUGAACGCAUCGAAGAUAAACGCAUAAGAAAUGGCAAAACUGAAUAUUUUUUGAAAUGGAAAGGUUAUCCCCGAAGUGAUAACACAUGGGAACCUGUUGAAAAUCUUGACUGCCCUGAUCUAAUAGCGGCUUUUGAAGACUCGUUGAAAAAUAAAAAAGAGACUAAGAAGCGCCCUUCUUCCGCUCCAAGUAAUGAAUCGAAAGUUAAACGGAAGGCGGUAGAAGAUGAAAGAAACAACCGCAAAACAACAGGAUUUGAUCGCGGUUUAGAACCCUUAAAGAUUUUGGGUGCUACAGAUUCUUCAGGAGAACUAAUGUUUCUCAUGAAAUGGAGUGGAAGUGACGAGGCUGACUUGGUGCCCGCAAAAGAGGCGAAUACCAUGUGUCCUCAAAUUGUUAUCCAAUUUUACGAAGAACGACUCACUUGGUAUACACCUGGAUCUGACGAUGAUAAAAAAGAAGGUAACUCUGAGUGAAUAAAAUUUGUUUUAACCUUGUAAAAUGAGCUUUAAUAUUAUACGGUUUGCGUAAUUUAAUUCAAACUUUACACUUCAAAUACGUGUAUUUUAGAUUAUUUCACAAAUUUAUUCAUCGAGAUGCGUAUUUACUCAAUAGAUACUUUAAAAUUAAAGAAGAAAAAAAUUAUUUUUUAUUUAAUGUAAUUAAAACCACAUUCCUCUUAUUGCUUUGGAGUGUUUAUUAAGAUUUCCCAAUAAAGUGAUAUUUUACUUCCGACUAUUCACAUUUGAGUAAUUGGCCAAAAUUGAUCUUAUAUAAGGUCAGAAGUAAACUGGGUGGAGCGGAUUGGAAUGAAACAACUUUGUAUGGUCAAAUGUACUGAAGAGUCAUAUCGCCGCCUAGGAGCAUUUAUUGAAGUAUUCAAUAUGCAAUUCUUGAGCUGUGGACUCACAACGA